AUGGCUGAUGAAGUGAUUCUUCUAGAUUACCGGCCAAGUCCGUUUGGGAUGAGGCUCAGAAUAACCCUUGCUCAAAAGGGUAUCGAGUAUGAGUAUAAAGAUGAAGACUUGCAGAACAAAAGUCCUUUGUUGUUACAGAUGAACCCUAUUCACAAGAAAAUCCCUGUUCUCAUUCAUAAUGGCAAACCCAUUUGUGAAUCUCUCAUUGCUGUUCAGUAUAUUGAUGAGGUUUGGAAUGAUAAAUCUCCUUUGUUGCCUUCUGAUCCUUAUCAGAGAUCACAAGCUAGAUUCUGGGCUGAUUUUGUUGACAAGAAGGUCUAUGAAAAUGGAAGGAACCUUGUUUGGACCAAAAAUGGAGAAGAGAAAGAAGCUGCAAAGAAGGAAUUCAUAGAAGCCCUCAAACUGUUGGAGCAAGAGUUGGGAGACAAGAGUUAUUUUGGAGGAGAGAAGCUUGGUUAUGUGGAUGUAGCACUUAUUCCAUUCUACACUUGGUUUAAAGGCUAUGAGACUUUUGGUAACAUCAAUAUAGAGAAGGAGUGUCCCAAGUUUAUUGAUUGGGCUAAGAGAUGUAUCGAAAUUGAGAGUGUUUCUAAGUCUAUUCCUGAUCAGGAUAAGGUCUACCAGUUCAUUGUGGAGGUCAGGAAGAAGAGGGGCAUUGAGUAG